ACUGUGCUGCUCACCUGAACUGCUCUGCUGUUUAAAAUCUCCCUGUUCCCACCGAACCCUGUAUUUUGUUCCAGCAGUGCCCUCUGCCGAGAGCAUGGAAUGUGUGUCCCAAAGGCUUUUUUCUCCAAGGCUCAAGGAUUUUAAAUCUAGUGCUCAGAAAUCAUUUGCCUUUAAAAAGGUAGAGGAAGAAAAGAUAUUGUGAUGUUGGUGUUGGUUUAUUAAUGUGCAGAUCACACCCUAAAUAAACACAAAAUAUCCUGGAGAGAGCAGGAGUAGUGAUGCCUGCUGUUGUUUAGCCACGUUGCCAUCCAAGAAUUAAGGUGGAAAAAUGGCAUUUUCCUAAUUGCUUAGGCAGGAGCUGGGGGCCAGGUUGGUGACACAGCACUGAUGUUCUUAUUUCAGCUCCACCAGUCACACACUCCCCCCUCCCAACCCACAAAACUCUGCUCUCCAUUUCCUGCCUCUCUAAUCCUCUAUCAUCUAAUUUAUCUGCGAGUUAAAGCUGAGUCCACAUUAAUUCCACUUUAGGCCAUCCUUAAAGAAUUUUGAACUCCUGAUGUGAUCAUUCAUCCUCUCGAGAUGUGGCCAGAUGUUGCUGCUGGCAGAGGUUGUUUGCAGCAGCUCAUCCGUGCAGCAGCAAAUGUGUUUUCCAGUUUGGGCUGUCCUGGCAACUCGACGCUAAUUGGCGAUGCCCUGAGGUGGCAACCCAAAUAUUUAAAAGCACAGGUGGUUAAAGUUUAAUCCACUGUCAUGAUGAUGACGAUGUGGCAACAGGAGCUGCGUGUCAGGAUCCAUUCUGCACCUGGAGAACGAGGCGGCGGCAGCAGCUCUCGCGUGGUGUGGUCUCUGACAGAGUGCGGGAUGAGCGAAGCCGACCUCACUGAGGGCUGAAAGUAGGAUCUUCCACCAUGAAUGGAUUCCCAAACUGCUCUGCUAACUACACAAACAUCUGGAGUCAUUCUUUGGUGCUCGCCCUGGGCAUCCCCCAGCUGACCAUCAACGUCGCGUCCGUGCUCUUCAACUGCACCGUCAUCUUCACGCGCCUGGCCACCAAGGACCUGCACAAGCCCAUCUCCAUUCUCUUCUGCAAUUUGGCCAUUUCUGAUCUCUUCACCAGCUUCUCUGGCUUUUGGAUUUCCGUGCUGUUCAUCACCAACCCCGACAUGACCAUCUUUGGCUCCAAGGACAUGCUCGCCCCUUACGCCCUGUACACGACGUCCAUUUUAUCCACCAUCUACAACCUGGUGAGCAUCGGGGUCGAGCGGUACCUGGCUGUGGCCAAGAGCAUGAGGACGAGGUUCAGGGUUGCCAGAAACCAUUCCAUAGCCGUGGUUUUCAUCAACUGGGUCCUCGCUUUCUUCCUGGGCUGCUUGCCCCUGAUGGGGUGGAACUGCCUGCACAAGGAGGAGAACGUCUCGGUCCUCUACAGCCCCUUCUGCGUCAACUACCUCAUCUUCAUCUCCAUCCCCAACGUCGUGGUGGCGUUUAUCAUACCCCUGUUCACCUACCUGAGGAUCAUCAUCAUCCUGAGGAGGAGGAAGCUGAGGAUGAAGGCGUGCGGGCAGGCCACGGGCACCUACAAAUCGGCUGAGACCCAGGUGGCCAGGACCAGCAUCUUCAUCUGGCUGCUGGCGCUCAUCUCCUACGCCCCCUUCUUCGCCGGGGUCAUUUUUGACGCCACCAACCAGCGGUGCCACAUCGACCUCUACCCGGGCGUCUACAUCUUCAGGAACUGCACGGCCGUGCUCAUCACCAUCAACUGCCUGGGCAACCCCCUCAUCUACACCCUCAAGCUCAAAACCCUGGGGGCCAAGCUCAAAGCUCUCAAGUGCCUCUCCGUCGGCCGCGUCCGGGCCUGUGCCAUCGAGCACAUCUAGGCGGGGCUGCCCCUGCUGCGGCGCUGCCGCUGUGCCUGACCCGCUCCCCGGAGCCAGGGACAGCUCUGCAGCCCCUCCAGAGCCA